UGUAGAGUAGCAGCACAGCUGUCUGUCUUUGCUGCUGCUGCUGCUGAGAGAUGAAGAUCUGAACUCUUUUUCAUAGUCAGACACAGGUUUCUUUUCGCACUGAUGAGUAACCGCAGCCAGGGCCUGUCUCUUGUUCUCCCCCCUACGAGCUUUGGGAAUGUGAUGGUGCUUUUGUUCAGUGUUUUCCUGGCCACAGCCAUCAUUUUCCUCAACAUGUCCGUGUCUCUCUCCAUCCUACUGAACAGGGCGCUGCGCAGCGAGAACCGCUUCAUGUACAUGCUGAGCACCUGCCUCAGUGACAUCUGCUCCGGCGUGUCUUACUACUAUGUCGGCGUCCUCGACGUGAGGGACGCCUUCAACUCCCCCACGAGCACCUUACACAUCGUACCCACAUUCUUAGGUCUGUCCUACAUGGCCAUUCUGGCCGCACAGGCCGACAGGUACCACGCAGUGGUGUCACCUUUCAAAUACUCGCAGCGCAUGACCAGAAACAGAACCGUGAUAGUCAUCUGUGCGUACUGGAUCUACGCUUUCGCUAUUGUGGCUCUGCACAACCUGGUCGCACUUGGUGUGGCCAAGCAGAUCACGGGCAUCAGCUCGUUUGUGGCCAACAUAUUCACAGUGAUUAUAAUGAUCGGGCUGAAUAUAAAGCUGUUCAUCGUCGCCAGGUACCAGCUGGAGAGGGAGCCGCAGUCUGCAGAGAGGGAGACCAAGCGCGCGUCCGUGUAUCUCAUUCUGAUCGUGGCUGUGUUCUUCCUGGCGACGUGGCUUCCGAUAUUCUGUCAUAUCAUCGUGUGUAAUUUCAUUGGUUCGGUCUGCUACAACUUUAAGAACGAAGGCACCGACCCUCUGCGCAUUUUGCCCCGCGUGAAUGCAGCACUGACCCCCAUCCUGUACAUCUGUGGCUGCGCUCCGCUCAGAGCCGCGCUGCUCACCAGAGUGUGGAGACCCUGCUGCGGGAGGUGCCUUGGACGAUUCAGCUCCAUCAGAAGGACUCAGGCAAUUACUAAGUGACCGAAUUGCAUGAUGGCUGCAGCAGGACAGCUGUCUGUUGCGUCUGUCUAUUGUUUUCACUUCACGGUAAAUGCAUUUCAGAUGUUAAUCCCCAAAGAAGUGAUGGAAAAUGAAGUUAGUUUGUGUGUAAUGAACACACAAAGUUUGAACUGGCUUAUUUCUUUAGUGGUAGCCAUAAAGUCAACUCCAACCUUUUUUCCCCAUUUCUAUCAGUCAUUUUUUGUUUGUAGAUCUUUGUGUUUAUUCUCUUCAGAAUACCUUGUUGUAUUGGAUACAAAUGUGAAGUAUGUGUGCUUGAGCUAAGGGCGUCAUUUCAUUGGCAUUCCAACCACUUCAUAAACAAGAAAUGUCACUUGCACUUGCAUGAUUUGUUUUUGGUCAAGACACGGACAUAAAGCAUGUGUCGUGAGAAACAAUGCGACUGUACAUACUUCUUUACUUAGGCUACACUGAGAGGAAAAAUGUUUUGUUGCAAUGGAUCAAAAAAGCGCAGAGAGCGAGGAGUGUGAUCUAGUUCCACAUACAUUUGUGCUAAAAGACAAGUUUUUAUAAAGUCUGGGAACUCUGUAUGAAAUGUUUAAAACCUGGUAUUUCUGCCACCAUACUACCAGGCUU